AAGCAGGCCACGUCUUUGGACGCGUCACGUGACUCACACGCGCGCGCCCAAAGUUUGCUUCUUUUGAUUGGCUGCUAGUUGUAAAAGCAAAAGCACGGCCUGCUGUGAUUGGCUGGCGUUCGCCCAGGACCGCGCCGGGUCCGAAUGGAGCAACCGUGCAGUUUUCCAAGCCUGCAAGAUGUCGCGCAGGUGCGAGCGCUGCGUGCUUUUCGUCGCCGCGCUCUCCCUUUGCGUCGCCGCCGCCGCCGCCGCCUCACGCCGCUUCCCCACGUUGGAGCACCUGAAGUCGCGAGCCGACGACAAGACGCAGGGCGCAGCGGUGGCGGAGCUGCUGAGGCGCCUGCUCGGCACCAGAUCGGCGGAGUUCGUCGUCGUCGUCGACGGGAGCCUCUCCGACGACAGCCUGGACGUGUGCGAGCUCAGGUCGACCAAGAACAACAAGAUCGUCGCCACGGGCAACACCGGCGUGUCCGUGGCCUCUGGGAUUUACAACUACUUGAAAUAUUUCUGCAACUGCCACGUUUCCUGGUCCGGCGAUCAAGUGGCCCUACCCCGCCCUCUCCCCCGACUCUCCGGCGUCCUCCGCAUCAACACCCAGCACAGGUUCCGCUACUACCAGAAUGUCUGCACCGCCAGCUAUUCCUCCGUGUGGUGGGACUGGCCGAGGUGGGAGAGAGAGAUCGACUGGAUGGCGCUUAACGGAAUCAAUCUUCCGUUGGCUUUCACUGGCCAAGAGGCCCUUUGGCAAGAGGUUUACCGCGCUCUUGGUUUAAACCAAUCCGAAAUCGAAGAAUUCUUCGCCGGUCCGGCCUUUCUCGCCUGGAACCGCAUGGGUAACCUGUUCGAGUUUGGCGGACCUCUGCCGCAGUCCUGGCACGUGAACCAGCUGACCCUCCAAUUUAACAUUUUGGAGCGAAUGAGAUCAUUCGGCAUGAUUCCGGUGCUGCCGGCCUUCUCCGGGAACAUCCCCAGGGGAAUCCUCAGGUUGCAUCCAGAGGCAAACGUAACAAGAUUGGGGCCAUGGGCUCACUUCAACUGCAGUUACUCGUGCUCCUAUAUCUUGGACCCUAGGGACCCGCUUUUCCUCCGGAUCGGUUCCCUCUACCUUUCCCAGGUGAUCAAGCAAUUUGGAACGAAUCACAUCUACAACACGGACACCUUCAACGAGAUGGUUCCACCUUCCUCAGACCCCGCUUACCUGUCAGCUGUCAGUCGUUCCGUCUUUGCCUCAAUGACUGCUGUUGAUCCUCAGGCGAUUUGGCUGAUGCAGGGAUGGUUGUUCUUUAGUGCUGCAAGUUUCUGGAAGCCUGCCCAGAUUCAGGCCCUACUACACGGCGUGCCCCUCGGACGGAUGAUCGUGCUCGACUUGUUUGCGGAGACCGAGGCGAUCUUCUCCUACACCGAGUCUUUCUACGGACAGCCUUUCAUCUGGUGCGUGCUGCAAAACUUUGGCGGCAACAGCGGUCUGUUUGGCACAGUAGAAAGCAUCAACUCCGGGCCCUUCAAAGCCUCGCAUUUCCCGAACUCCACCAUGGUCGGCGUAGGUAUGUCACCCGAGGGCAUCGAGCAGAAUCCCGUCAUGUACGAGUUAAUGAGCGAAUUGGCGUGGCGCAAGGAGCCAGUCAACUUAGUUAAGUGGGCGUCUCUGUAUGCCGUACGGCGUUAUGGCACUACGCGCGACAGUCUGAUCACCGCGUGGAGACUCCUGUUUUCCAGUGUCUACAACUGCACUGUGCCACAUUAUCGAAACCAUAACCACAGCCCGCUGGUGCGCCGGCCUUCUCUUCGCAUGAACACUGACCUUUGGUACAACCCGGCGAACUUGUUCAAAGCGUGGAAACUCCUUAUUGAAGCGUCUCCUUCUCUCAUGUCCGAGGAAACCUUCCGGUACGAUCUUGUGGAUGUUACUCGGGAGGUUUUACAAGUUCUAACAACAUCGUUUUACCUGGAUAUCACGGAUGCCUUUCAUAAACAAAAGUUGCCAGAACUGCUCAUUUCAGCCGGGGUCCUCAUAUACGACCUUUUGCCAGAACUCGAUCGUUUGCUAUGUAGCGAUCGCCAUUUCCUGUUGGGGAAAUGGCUGGAGCGGGCUCAAUCCUUAGCUAUUGAUGAGGAGGAGGCCAAGCUAUACGAUAUGAACGCCAGGAACCAGCUCACUCUCUGGGGCCCGAGUGGUGAAAUCCAAGACUAUGCCAGCAAAGAGUGGGGAGGCCUCAUGGAGGACUACUACGCCCAACGGUGGGGCCUGUUUGUCCAAACACUGGUGUGGUGUCUGGACAGCGGGCAGCCAUUUAAGCAAGAUGCUUUCAACCAGGCAGUUUUCCAGGUGGAAAAGGGAUUUAUUUAUAAUGGUCGGAAAUACCCCACAAAGCCUCAAGGUGACACGUACGAGAUCACCCGCAGGAUCUUCCUAAAGUAUUACCCGCAGGCCUUGAAAACCUUGAAAAGACUAUCAUGAACAGCAGAGACGACAGUUUCCAUAAAUGUAUGCAGCAAGAAGAAUGUGAAUUCUUAAGCGCUAUCCCAAACUUUCUGAUGGAGAAAAUCCCGUUUUUGUCCGUGCAGUUAACGCUUUCCUGAAAUGUCGCAAAAUGCAGUAAGAAAAAGGUUUUCCUGUCACACGCCCCUGCAUCAUCGAGGGAAACGAUGCCGACCGGCCUGAAAAAUCUGCUUGGCGCUAGACUGCACAGUUGGUUCAUGCUUGACAUGGCUGCACUCACGCCGUGUUGCUGCGUUUCCAUUUGCAAAACCAGCUGCUGCCCCGCCACUUUAUGGGACUACGGCGUGUCGAGUACUCGGUCACACUGUGCUUCGAAGCGCGCCAAGCCGAUACUCGCAUGAACCGAUACUCGCCUUUCGCUAACAGUCAAAACAUUUGUAUUUGCUAUUAUUGUGUGUAUAAAGUAAAGAUACGGUUGCUGUCAGUUUGUAAGUUUACGCGUCGAUACUUUUGAAGGGCUUCGAAUUAGUUUUUCUUGAUCUAGCUGGGGUCAAAAUUGGGCCCCCUUCUCAAAUUCGUAUGCUUUUGCAUCGUUGCACCACUGCUGACCAAAAAGAACAUAAAGGCUCGUCCUACUUUGGCAAGAAAAAAAACAAACCUCUGAAAGAUUCCCCCGACUUUUCGGAAAGUAUUGCGUAUAUGGACUGACGAGAUGAAAGAUGAGCUUUUGGGAAGGUGUGCGUCUCGUUACGUCUGGUGUAAAUGUAGCACAACGGUUCAGAAAAAGAUCCUAACAGUCAGACGGGGGGGGGGGUAGUAGUGUGAUGGUCUUGGGCUGCUUUGCUCCUUCAGGACCUGGACAACUUGCUGUGAUUGAUGGAACCGUGAAUUCUGCUGGAGAAUGUUCAGCCAUCAGUUUGUGACGUCAAGCUGAAAGCGCACAGCAGCAAGUCAACUUCUGAAUGGCUUAAAAAAACAAAAACAAAAGGAAGCUUUUGGAGGGGCCUAGUCAAAGUCCAGACUUUAAUCCCACUGCAUUUCAGUGCAUGACCUUAAAAAGGCAGUUCAUGCAUAGAAACCCUCAAUAUUUGCUAAAGCCGUACAAUUCCGCAAGGAAAUGUGGUCCACAAUAUCUCCACAGAGAUGUGAAAGACUCCUUGCCGGUUAUAUAAAAUGCUAUAUGCUAUAACAUUUCCGUUGUUGUUGCUGCUGAGGAUGGCCCAUCCAGUUAUUAGCUUUAGGGGGCCAUUAGAGCGACCGUGGGUUAUAUUUGGCUGAUAUUUUCAUUUGUUUGAUGAUCUUCAACAUGAAAGUGGGUCAACUAUAGAAAACAAAAGAAUAAAAAAUCGAAGAAUUUGAGAAGGAGGCCAAUACUUUCCCCCAGCAGAUUUGGUUAAAUGUAAUUGAGCAAAUUAAAAUGCUACAAGAGACUUUUGGAAAUCAUCAACAAGCUUCUGGCGUAAUUCGAGCCGGAUGUUUGACAACUGCUCUUGGCAGAAUUGGUGGGGUUCAUUUGAAUUGGUUGGCGUCGCGGCACUAGGAUCGGGAAUUGAUAAGAAUUUAGUGAUUGCGACGACAUUGCUUGUACUGCGUAUCGAUCCGAUUCUCAAUGGGUGAGGGAAUGAAAAAUGCAAAAUAAAAUGGGUCUGCCAGGAUAUCAGACCUCUUCAAUCCACCGGGUAUAGAUUUUAUUUCAUUUUUGUAAUACACUGGAUGAGUUUCCAAAUAUUUGGACAUAUUUGCAGUUGUCCAGUCGCUUUCAAUUGAUCCAAAAGGAAUUCAGAUUUAAAACAAAGAUCUGUUAAAAACGGUCCCUUUGCUGAUUUGAGCAAAGCGAUCAUUCAUAAGUUGAAAAAUGAAUUUUCAACACGGACCAAUGAAGAUGCUGACUCCAACCGGGCCUUCCUUUGAGAGCGCCGUCCGUCUGUUUUUGAAUUUGAAAUGAUAUUAGAUGUGAAGAGUUCACGUGUACACUUUUGGGGAAACUGUCGAUGAUAUUUUGGAUGAAUUUGGUUUUUUCAAAUGGACAGGGUUUUUGGAUUCGUGACUGAACAACAACCGUCUUCUAUGCCAAUCAUUGAUGUACUACGCCGCCAUUUCAUAAAUCUAUAUUUUUGGAUUAAAAUGAGGUAUUUCUUGAA